AUGCUACUGAAGCAACGGCUUGCUACAACCGAGGGUGAUGUGGAUUCAACCAGAGUUUUCUCAGCUGAAGAGCUCAUAUCUGCGACCAACAGCUACGACGAAGAGAGGACUCUCGGCCAAGGCGGUUUCGAGUACUUUGAGAGCGGUCACCUCACGGAGAAGAGCGAUGUCUACAGCUUCGGGGUGGUCCUCGCAGAGCUCUUGAUGAGCAAGAAGGUCGUGGAUCUGCAGAGACCGCAGGAAGCAAGGAACUUGGGCACGUACUUUGUUCUCAACAUGGAGGAAGACCGGCUAAGCGAUGUCCUCGACCCUCAAUUGGUAGAGUCGACUUCGGAUCAGAUAAAGGGGGUUGCCGAGAUAAUUAAGAAGUGCGUCAGCUCGAGAGGUGAGGAGAGGCCGACGAUGAAGGAAGUCGCGACUGAAUUGGAGGGUUUGAGGAAGCCUUCGAUGCAUCCAUGGCUGCACGAAGAUGUUAACAGCAAGGAUGGUCGCGAAUGCUUGCUUGAAGGAACAUCCUCGGACCUCUACCCUCCGCCACCAGGCCAGCAUGUUGAUGGUUGGGAUUAA